AUGGUCUCUCGCGAAGUCUACUCUUAUCCUCCGGCUUAUAACCACCUUAGAGCAUCCGCUCUCGAAACCUCACUGCAACAUGAGUCCCUGCAAGAUCGAGUGCCUAUCGCACGGCUGCACAGAGCUACGUCGAAAGUCAAACACCGGCGACUGCGCACAGGAUGCUUGACCUGCAAGAAACGGAGAUUGAAAUGCGAUGAAAGCAAACCGGCAUGCCUACAGUGUCGACGGACGCAUCUGGAAUGCGAAGGGACCUUUUACGCAUCGAACAGGUCUCGAAAUGGGAUCAUGAUAGCCCCAGCGGUCUCUUCGUCCUCAGGGGAUGCCACCACCCCAAGUUGUGAGAGUCCCCCGGUCGAGAAUAAUACACCAUCAACCGACAGUGCCUGGUCGAAUCCCGAAGAAGACAAUAGCCUUCUAGUCAUGGAUGAUACACCAUCGCCGUUCUCGGAGACCAUUGGUGUUUUUGACCUGAUGGCUCCUGCUACUACUACUACUACUCCUCCUCCUCCUCCUCCAUCACAACAUCCGGUGCCUACAAUGAUGACACCUCUCCGAUACACUUUGCAAGGUCGCGAAUUGGACAACUAUCUGAGCAGGGUGUUCUUCGAAAGACUCUGCUCGGAGAUGAUCCACACGAUGCUUCCAGGACCGUUGAACCCCGUUAAUGAUGCUCUUCGGCCACUGACGCAGUCGUCCACGACGGUGGGCCGCUGCGUGCACGCCUUAUCAAGCCUAUAUCUCGCCGCACUCCACCCAGAAUCUCACAGUCUCAGCGAGGCUCUUCAGCUCAAGGGCCAAGCCAUUGCGUUGCUGGCCAGAGAUGUCUCGGAGGUCCGGCACUCCCGAUCAGACUCCAUCCUGGCAGCCACUUUGCUCUUGUACAUGUGCGAAGAGAUGUCACAGAGGUGGGACCAAUCAAGCAAGGACCACCUGACGUAUCUGAACGGAGCGCGGAGACUGAUUCAGCAUCGGUUCUUCGACCUCGAGCCUGUCGGUGGGUCGUUGAGUAGUAGUCCCUCCGCGGUUGUCCUUCCGCCGCACAGACACACGAGCGCAACAAAACACAGAGACGAAACCGAAGAGACGUCCGAUACGUGGAUUACUCGCGUCCUCGUCAAGGUCUUCAUCUGGAACGACAUGUUUACGACGUUGAGCCUGCCCUUUUCCGAGUACGCCGCCUCGUUUACGCUUCAAGCUCUGCGCCUGACGGACGUGUUGAACCGCAAGGACGACCUCAACCCUUUUUUGUUCGGCUGGGCGCGUGACAUUUUUUGGUUGAUGAGCGACGUCAUGAGCUUCGCUCAACAGCUCUACCGGACGCUUGACGACAGUCGGUCCUCCUCCACGCAGACCACCGCCACCGCCUCAGUUGCCGUUCGCGUCCAGAUGCUCGGUCGAGCGUCUCGUCUGGAGCGCAGUCUGCAGACGUACGCCGCAAGUUCGGGUCGAUCGAAACUCUACAUGGGUUUCCACCGUCCGUCCGAUUCUCACCUGGACGACUGUUCUAUCACGGUGGAGUGUUAUCGACGUGCCGCCCUUCUUUAUCUCUAUCAGCUCAUGCCCGUGAUGGCUUCGGAUGACGCCAUGGAGGAACUGGCCACGUCGAUACUCGACCUUGAGUUGUCCGUGAGCCCUUCCUCGCCUAGCGUGGCCUUUCAUUUGUGGAUUUUGGUGGUCGCCGGGUCCCAGAUGAAACCGGUGGAGGAAGUUGAAGAAGGUAUGGAGCUGGAUUACAGAUUUGCGGUUCUACGUCGCUUGGAGAUGCUGGAGAGUAUACACCCUUGCACCGGCACCUGCAAGGCCAAACAUAUCAUAAUGGAGGUCUGGCGGCGUCGAGAUCAGGCCCAGAUGCAAGGUCACUGUUUGAAGGAUCUGAAAUGGCAAUGGACGAGUAUUCUUCGGGACAUGGGACAAUCUAUUUCAUUCACCUGACUCGAAAAGAAACAGAAAAGAAGACUUGAUCGCCUCCUACUGGAACGAGGUCUUGCACUGCGCAGUGGUCAUCAUCCUGUCUUGAGCAGUCGAGAUUUUGAUGAUCUACCUAGUCCUUUUUUUUAACCUGGCUUCCUCCAAAGGGUUUAUGGGUUUCUCUUCUCUCACAGAGCCAACCAAUCCUUCUUUCCGACGUCGACCCCGUUCAUCCUCAGGAGGUCAUAGACGGUGACGGCGUGAAAGUAAAAGUUUGGCAACGCAAACCCGGUCACGUAACUGAGACCGGUGUAGUUGCGGUCGCGGACCGUCAACUCGACCCCUUCCUUGUCGUCGAACGAUUCGCGCUUGACGCUCUCCAGAAAGGCGAUGGUCUUGGUGAUCCGGGCGUGCAACUCCGGAAAGGUCUUUUCGUCGUCGGCCCAGGCUUCGUUGGGCACGCCGCCCACGCGCACCGCGAGGAACUUGGCCGUGUUGCUGGCCGUCUGGACCUGGAAC